UUGGACCUCAGUACCCUCCUCACUCUGGCCGAGAACGCUGUCGCACACUCAGUGUAGUGUCGCAGCGAAUUGGCCGAACUGAACUCUGCAAGCCCCUACUUUCCUCAUCGGUUGCCUAACCUCGGAACCACUGCGACCAUUCGGACGAUCACGAAGCUGUCCCAACCGCUCUCGUAAUCAGCCGGCAACCAUCGAUACCCUUCCAACAACAGUAGUCAUAUGACAACAGUACCACACAAUGCGAAUACUGUUCAUCAACAUCUGUGUGGCGGUGGUUGCUUUGGUGACCAUCCGUGCACAGUCAUCGGAGGCAAACGACUCAUCUGGUGAGCAACAAUCGAAUGAAGUUCAACAUUUCCUUGAGACGGAUGAGGGGAAGAAAAUGUUAAACCUUAUGAACAAACACCUGCAAGAUUCACUGGUUUAUCUGUAUACAAGUAAGCAGUAUGACAGCCAGUAUUGGGAGCGCCCAGGUAUGGCAAAAUACCUAAAGGAACUGAGUGAUAACCAAUGGGAAGAAGGACUUGACACACUGAAAAAGUACAUGCAACGUGGAGGAAAGAUUGACGACUUCAGAGGCAAAGUUAAUGUAAAUGCUAAGGGCCAGCUUCAUUCAUCUAAACGUGAAAAUAAGUACAGCAAAUUGCAGCAGACUUUUAACAAGAUCCACAGAGAUUCCUCGAAUAAGUUUAAGUUGAGGAACAGGCUUAUCUCGAAAACUUGCACGCAAGAUGCAGAGAUUUGUCACUACCUUGAGGAAGGUCUCACCAAAGAGGCCGAGAAGAUGUACGAGGUGAAGCAGCACCAGAUCAUUGCAUCGGGUUUAAUAUCCACAGGCGUGGGUCUCAAUCUGUUUGACGCCAGUUUGUAAAUGCCACUUGUCUUUCGGUAUUUUAUUUAGUUAUGGAUUCCUGUAUAGUGAGUUGUUUAAGUUUUGCUGCUGCGACUUCUAGCCAAAGCAUAAUGAUAUUCAGGCACUUUUUGUGUGAUUUGAAGUUUUUUUUCACUCGAUAGGACAUUGUUUCUUUUACUGGUUGCUAUCUUCUUUCAUUGCUUUAACGGUUGAUUGUGUUAGCUGUAUUAUUAUUCCACAACUUAUGGGUCAGUAUAACACAUUUAACAUUGUUAAGAACAAUUAUCGCUACCUUUCAUGAUGAACUUCAUGUAAUACCAACUUUCAAUAAAACGACAGAAACAACAAA